AUGUCUUCGUCAACGGGAAAGGACAUUCUGCUGCUGUUCGACAGGCCCCAGGAGCCGCUCUUCAUACCCAAGGGCGAGGAGCGCGUCGGCUUCGACAUCCCGACCAAUUACUUGUCGGACAAGUAUCAACCCGUGGCCGGCCGCAUCCUCAACCGCUUCGGCGCCGACUCCCAACGCACCGUCGGCCUCAAGAACAUCUCCAUACCCGAUCUGAGCCUGCCCAUGCAGCUCGGCCGCAACGACGGCUUCUCCCAUCUCAUACCGUCCCAUCGUCGCAUGGCCGGCCGCCUCGUCGAGCUGUUCCUCGGCAUGCGCACCGUCGAGGAUCUCAUGUCUCUGGCGGCCUACUGCCGCGACCGACUGAAUCUGCAGCUGUUCUAUUACGCGCUGUCGGUGGCCAUCGUGCACCGGCGCGACAUGAGCGACGUCUCGCUGCCCCACCACUCGGAGAUCUUCCCGGACAAGUACAUGGACAGCUCGGUGUUUCAUCGGGCCAGGGAGGAGGCAAACGUGGUGCCGGCCGGCUCGAGGACGCCCAUUGAAAUUCCCUUGGAUUACACGGCCACGGACGUCGACCCGGAGCACAGGGUGGCUUAUUGGCGCGAGGACGUCGGCGUCAAUCUCAAUCACUGGCACUGGCAUCUGGUCUACCCGUUCGACGGGCCCAUCGUCGUCGUCAACAAGGACCGCCGCGGCGAGCUCUUCUACUACAUGCACCACCAGAUGCAGGCCCGCUACAACACCGAGCGCCUCUGCAACGGUCUGCGCCGAGUCGUGCCCCUCUCGGAUCUCAAAGCCACCAUCCCCGAGGCCUACUUCCCCAAGCUCGACUCCAUGGUCGCCGGUAGAUCCUGGCCGGCCCGACCCAAGGACUUCGUCCUCUCGGAUCUCGAUCGCAAGGUCGACCAGCUCAAGUUCUCCAUCGACGACAUCGUGCGCUUCAAGGAUCGCAUCGUCGAGGCCAUCAGGACGCGCCGAGUCCUGCUGCCCAACGGCCAGUUCCAGCCGCUCGACGAGGAGCGCGGCAUCGACACCCUCGGCAACAUGAUCGAGUCGAGCAUCCUGAAUCCGAAUCAGGCAUACUACGGCGACAUGCACAACUUUCUCCACCUGGCCAUCUCCUACUGUCACGAUCCGGAUCAUCGCUUCCUCGAGUCGUUCGGCGUCAUGGGCGACAACACCACGGCGAUGCGCGACCCCAUCUUCUAUCGGGUGCACGGAUUCGUCGACGACUUGUUCAACAUGUACAAGGCCACGCUGCAGCCCUACAGCCAGCAGCAGCUGGGCUUCGCCGGCAUUCAGGUGACCGAGGUCAGGGUGAACUCGCCCGGCAGCAAUCCCAAUACGUUGAGCACCCACUGGACCAAGAGCGACAUCGAUCUGUCGCGCGGACUGGAUUUCGCGCCGCGCGGCUCGACCCUGGUGAGGAUCACGCAUCUGAAUCACGACGAAUUCACCUACAGCAUCGGCGUGAACAACAACAGCGGUAGACCGGCCAUAGGCACCGUGAGAGUCUUCAUCGCGCCCAAGUUCAACGAGCAGGGCUCGCUGCUGAGCUUCAACGAGCAGAGGCUCAUGAUGAUCGAGAUGGACAAGUUCACGGAAUUUUCAGUAAACAACGGCCGCAACGUCAUCACGAGAGCCUCGACCGAGUCGGCACUCACCAUACCGUUCGAGGCGACCUUCCGCAAUCUCGACGAGGGCAGGCCCGACGAGACCGAUCUGCAGGGCAGCGAUCGAUUCAAUUUCUGCGGCUGCGGCUGGCCCCAGCACAUGCUCGUGCCCAAGGGCACGCAGCAGGGCUAUCCCAUGGAGCUCUUCGUCAUGAUCACCAAUUUCCAACUCGACAAGCCGUCGGGCUGCCGCAACGGCGUGAGCUUCUGCGGCCUGCGAGAUCUCAAGUAUCCGGAUCGUCGUGCGAUGGGCUUCCCGUUCGAUCGGGCGGGAGCCGCCAACGUGCGACUGCUCCGGGACUUCGUCACGCCGAACAUGAAGGUGCAGCAGGUCACCGUGCGCUUCUCCAACAUCGUCAAGCCGAGAGCCGUCUCGAGGCCGGCCAACAACAACAACGCUACAAUGGUUGUUGUUGUAUCGAUGAAUAUUCAAUAA